UUCAGUCUCGUUGUGAGCACCGCAUAAAUUUCCUCGCAGUAUUCAUUCAACGUCCAAGUGAGUGAGACACGCCAAAGUCACGUCGCGCUAGUGCCUGAGAAAACCUUCGCAGUUAAUAUUUAAUUUUUUUCUCUCUCUCGCCAAUUUCCCAGCCUGAUUUUUCCGUGAAUUUCCAAGCGGAAGCAACGAUGCUGCUCAAAGUCUUCCUUCUGGCGAUCCUCGCCACCCUGGUUAGGAGUGAUUGCUUAUCGGAGAAUGAUGUUUCGGGGAUUUUCAACAAGAACUCCAAAUUGAAUCUAUACAUGGGGCAGCAGAACUUCACAGUAGCCCUCCUGGAUGCCAUCAACAAAGCCACUCCGAAUGAGAAUGUCUUCUUCUCACCAUACAGCACCUACCAUGCCCUCCUCUUGGCCUAUUUUGGCGCCAAAAAUCAAACAGAAACCGCUCUGAGGGAUACACUGAAGCUCCGUUGGGCUGAAAGUAAAUUCGAUGUGAUGCAAGCCUACAGGAUUGAGGUGCACGAGAGAGCCCGCAGAGCACAGAAUAGCUCUGUGGAGUUUACUUCAGCUGAUAAGCUGUACUUUGCACCAAAAGUUGAAGUCAAAGAAUGCAUGAAGGAUCUCUUCCACGAUGAACUGGAAACAUUGGACUUUGAGAAAGAUCCUGAAGCUGCUCGUGCUAGUAUUAAUCAGUGGGUUGAGGACGUAACCAAGGGGAAUAUAAAGGAUAUCCUCAUUCCUGGAUCACUUUCGGCGCAGACAACCGUUGUCCUGGCCAAUGCUGCGUAUUUCAAAGGAUCAUGGGCAUCAAAAUUCGAUGCUGAAAAGACACAAAAGGAGAUCUUCUACUCAUCAGCUGAGAAACAAACAUUCGUGGAUAUGAUGAGCAAGAAAGGAUACUUCAAUCACGCUUUGAAUGAACAUUUGGGAGCACAUGUCCUGGAAAUUCCCUAUGAAGGCGAUGGCACGGAAAUCUCCUGCAUUAUCCUGUUGCCACCCUUCACACCCAAUGGCCUCGACACAGUACUUGAGAAGCUAACACCAGAAAGCCUUCAGCGUGCCCUCGAUGAUGGAACAUCCCGCGAGGUUGAUCUCAAAUUGCCAAAGUUCUCAUUUGAGAAGAAGUACGAACUGGUGCCAAUCUUGGAGCGCAUGGGUGUGGGUGAUCUCUUCCAGUCCACGUCGAAUCUCGCGGGAUUUUCGGAGUCACACAAAAUCCAACUAGAUGAUGCCGUUCACAAGGCAAAGAUCGACGUGGAUGAGUCAGGAUCAACAGCAGCUGCUGCCACUGUUCUCUUCUCCUUCCGAUCCUCUCGGCCAUUGGAUCCUCUGCAGUUCCACUGCAAUCAUCCCUUCCUCUUCCUCAUCUACGACCACCGAUCGCGGGCAGUUCUCUUCGCCGGUAUCUACCGCGGCCCCGACAAUUAAGUUCCAAGCGCACAGGGCACUUUUUUAUCAAGUAAAAUUAUAUAUUGUUGUGUACCUUGUAGUGUGCUCCCUAAAUUAUAUAUAAACAUAACGUACCAACGGGACGGAGGAUCCCGGAACUUUCGUUUUGGUGUCUCAGAGAGUGAAAGUAAAGCGAGUGAAUGAAAUGUGUGCUAAUUUUUUUUUUGAAUUUCUGUGAACUUUUUUUAUUCAGUCAUUUUAAAAUAUCAUUGUGUUAUACUGUAAUUUUUUUUUGUUCUCGAGUAAUAAAGAGAGAUGCUGAAUCAG